UUUAUAAUUUCAUGGUUUCGUAUUUGCCUAAAUCCAAUCUCUUAUUUGUUUAGCUUCCUUACAAAAUCAGUAAACAGUGCGUAGUUUUAUAUGUGAUAUGCUAUUUGCCUUAAUGAAAGUAGUGGGAAGAGAAGUCUGGUUUCGCCGUAGAGCGUUUUAAUUUGUGCAGAUUGUCGGUCUUAUUCGGGCGACCGAUGCGUACCUAGAGAGCACUAAUAAAAUGUAGAACGACAUCCCGAGGCGUCGCUUGAUACUUGUGAAUAUCGGUAAAGGUAUACAUAGAUAGUAAAUUAUACGAUUACCUUUAACCAAGCCGAUGUACCACGGAGCUCCGAUUCAGCAAGCAUUGAAGACAUCUGAGGAUCUAGUUAACAUAAUCAUAGUACGUAGUUUUAUUUUGCGACAUUAGUGGUUUCGGUGUAUAAAUUGUGACUUUUCGUUAGAGACUUGCUAUUCUUCAGAACAAAAACACUGAAGAAAAUGUGAUUUGAGUAAAAAAUUUAUAACUUCUUUAUAAAACUUUUAACACCACACGAUAUUCUGUGAUAUAUUGCUACAUAAUACUGAAGAUUUUCGACCUAUAUACAAGGAAGACACAAUCAAGGAACAAUGUCAAGCAAUCCUCAGUGGAAAAUGUUCCAGCCGCCAGAUUCACACUCGACACCAUUGCAAGAUAUUUUAGAUCUCCAGCACUCAAACAUGCAGGCCAAACCGAUGUACAGGAAUGGUACUUACAGCAGUGAGUAUCCAAGCUCUCCGAGGGAUAACUACAAUAGUAUGGGGAAGUCGACUGGUGGAAAUUUAUUCACUCUUGGCAAUUACAAUUUAGAUGCAUGCCCUAUGGGUGAUUCUGUUGGGGUUUAUUCUUCAGGAUCUACCAAUAAUUCAUCUCAAUAUGAUUCUACAAAUCACCCACCUAUUAGAGAGACAGGGAUUAUUGAAAAAUUACUGCAUUCUUAUGGAUUUAUCCAAUGUUGUGAAAGGCAGGCUCGUCUGUUUUUUCAUUUUAGUCAGUUCAGUGGUAACAUUGAACAUCUUAAAAUUGGGGAUCCAGUGGAAUUUGAAAUGACUUAUGACCGGCGCACGGGUAAACCUAUUGCUUCAACAGUCACCAAGAUAGCACCUGAAGUGGUGUUGAGUGAAGCAAGAGUAACUGGCACUGUUACAACUGAAGUGAAAGGCGAGGGCUCUGGAGACAAUACCGGAAGAAUCUCUUAUGAGAACCGUGGUGAAUGUUUCUUCUUGCCUUACACAAAGGAUGAUGUAGAGGGCAAUGUUACUUUGCGAACCGGUGACGCCGUUAGUUUUCAGAUUGCUACUAAUCAAAGAGGCACUUUGGGAGCCUGUCAUGUGCGCUUCGAAAAUCCUGUACACCCAGUGAAAUAUCAUGGUGUGAUCUGCUCUAUGAAAGAAAAUUUUGGUUUUAUUGAGCGUGCUGAUGUUGUAAAGGAAAUAUUCUUUCAUUACUCUGAAGCCAAAACUAAAGAGAAGCUUUGCCUAGGUGAUGAUGUUGAAUUUAUAAUUCAGACUAGGAAUGGAAAAGAGGUAGCCUGUCAUAUAACAAAACUGCCGAGUGGGUCAGUUGUUUUUGAAGAUGUUAGUCCUGAAAUAAUGCGCGGCCAGGUUUUGAAGCCUCUGGAGCGCGGAAAUAUGGUUAGGGUGCCACAAAGUGACCCUCUGCCGGGCAGGAUUCGAUACCGCGCUGCUGAUCAUUCUGAGGUUGAAGUUCCUUUCGGAGACAAAGACCAGUCUGGCGAGUUCACUCUGCGUCAUGGAGACUGGGUGCAGUUUCAGGUUGCAACAGACCGCAGAGACCAGUUAAAGCGAGCUACUAACAUCUCUCUGCUUGAUGAAUCUUUUAAUGUAUCUGGUGAAAGGCGAGAACAAGGCGUGGUAUGCUCCCUGCGUGAAGGUUUUGGUUUUAUCCGUUGUGUGGAGCGUGAACAAACUAUGUUCUUUCACUUUGCUGAAGUGCUUCGCCUCGGCCAUGAGCUAAGCGUCGGUGACGAGGUGGAGUUUACUGUGGACCCGGUGACGACUUUCUCGAACAUGAAUACUCGUCAGUCUGCCAUCCGCAUCAAGCACCUGCCGCCGGGCACGGUGCAGUUUGAGACAUUGAUCGAGCGGGGCGUGCGUGGUGUCGUGACAAAGGAGGCUCAACUCUAUGUGCCUUCGAGCCCCACUCGCCCUGAGCCAGGAGAUGGAAACGGCAUUAUUACAUGCCAAAUCAACGGCAUGAAGAAAACGCUCCCAUUUACCACCAAAAAAUGCGAGUCUAAGAUGCUACCUCGAGUUGGCGAUAAAGUAAUCUUCGACAUAUAUCAGACGAAGAGCACCAAGGAGCUGGUGGCGAUGUCAGUGCAAAUCCAGCACAGCCUGACCAACGGCGCGGCCAACGGCAGUAACAGCGCGCGCCCCGUCAUGCAAGGCUUCAUCGCCGCGCUCAAAGACGGCUUCGGAUUCAUCGAGACUGCCGACCAUACCAAAGAAGUCUUCUUUCAUUUCAGUAAUUUGGAAGGUUCGGCGGAUGCGUUGGAGCUGGGCACGGAGGUGGAGUACACACUCGGCCGUGUGAAUGGCUCGGGCGGCGGGUGCGCCAGCGCAGAGUUCGUGCGUGUGCUACAGCGCGGCACCAUCCCCAUCGCCAAACCGCUAGAACAGUCGCUGAACGGUACCGUCACCAGGACCCUGCGUGCCCUCAAUCCGGACCAGGCGCAAUAUUCCGGGCUAAUUCAAGUAGACGGCGGCGGAAGCUAUGAGUUCGGUAUAAUGGGGCUGGCGUGCAAGCGUGAGAUCUUGCAGGUGGGCGACCCAGUCACCUUCCAAGCCGACAUCGAAGGACGCGCUACGAACAUCGUGCCUAUCAGGAAAAAGAGGCGCGCAACCGUUGAUGCUAUAAAAGGCGGUUUCGGCUUUCUAUCGCUGGAGACGGAGGACAAUCGACGGUUGUUCUUCCACAUGUCGGAGGUACGCGGCAACCCCGCGUCGCUGCAGCCCGGCGACACCGUUGAGUUCGUGCUGCUCACCAACCCCCGGAACGGCAAGUGCUCUGCCUGCAAUGUAGUCAAAGUCAGUAGCAAAGCCCCAAUGGGAGCAAAGACAAGAACCGAGCGGCCUGAGCGCUUGCUGGCGCGGCUUCGGACAGCGUCGUUGGAAGAGUCAGGCGGACCCCGCGUGGUGCUCGCCCGACCGCCGCGCGGGCCCGAUGGCACCCGCGGCUUCCGCCCCCGCCGACCCCUCGCAGAUAUGUUAGCCGAGUGAACGCAUCAUGCGUGAAAGUACACCAAGGCCUGAACACUACAGCUACGUAACAGCUAUAGUAGGUAACAUCCUAAAGGUUUGAUUUUCGAAUUAAAUUAUUUCAUGUAUUCAUGAGAGACUGACUGAUCCUCUUUUCUUUAGCAGCAUUUAGAAAAUUGUUUUGUUGUUUUUACUAAUUCUAAGAAAAGCAAAUUUUAUUAUGUCAUCAGCUGUCACAUACCGAUCAAUUGUACAUCAACAGUUAUGGCUUAUGAUCAAUGAGCGAGGAACAUAUCAAGUUAAUCGAACCGAAUUUAGUUGCUUAUUUAGUGUUUCGUUUAUGUAUAUUAGAGGUUCUUUUUCGCAUAGAUACGUUGUUCAAAAUUCCGUUUCCGCCAUUUUAUAAAGAAGCGUUUUUUGCAGUUUGCCAAGUUCAGAAGUAAGCGUGGUGACACUUAUCAAAUGAAGUUGUAUACCUACCAUAUGGCCCGAAAUUAUCAAUGUGCUUGUUAAGUAUGAUGGGUUCAUGUGUUAUAUCGACGCGAAUUAAUCAAAUUUACAUGCUUUGCGAAACUGUCUUUGUAGAUCAUAAUAUUAAAAUGUAAAUAUUCUAUAAAAUCUAGGAGCAUCAGUUGUAAAUCAAUAUUAUUCUUACCAUCGAUAUACUUAUACCGUGAUAUUUUGUGUGGAUAUAUAAACUGUACAGUAAAAUAAAAUGAUAUAUAAUGUUAUAUUACGUAACCUGUGUGAUAACUUUUAUUUGAAUAAACGACUCCUGUCGCGUAGCGUACUUCGCGCGUAUGUACAACCCACUGCUUUCCGUUUUCAAAUCUACGCCCGUGUUGUCUAUGAACAGAGGUGAUGGACGUUUUUUUUUGCGGUUGUCGUUGCGUCUAGGUCUUUCUCAAACCUACCGCAUGGAAUAGAAGCAAUGAUAUAAAUGAUCUUUCGUGGCUUAUCGUGGCUGUGAAUCUGUUGGCGACUGUCAGACUUGCGGCAAAAGCCUAUCGUUUUUGCUUUUGUUUUCGUGUGGUUUGUCUGAUGUGGACCUUUGUGGAUCUCGUUAUUCGGAAUAUACUGUGAUUUGUGAAAAUUCUAUGUGCAAUAAAAUCAAUAAAAUUAUAAUAGUCCUCAUAGGACAGUGCUAGUCUUAGUGUUAUUCGAGCCUAUGUCUUGAACACGCGAGCUCUUCAUCUGAUAGGUGUCUCCAGUUGUUGUCGAAAAUACUCCGUGGUGAUGGCUAAAAAACGAACAAAAUUUGUCAACUCUUUUGUAAUCUGAGAAAAGCAUUUAAUGUACUGGAAUGGAACCAAAGACUGAAAAUAUUUAUUACGAUAAUAAUAUUGGUGUUAGAUUAUGUUAAUUAAUGACGUGGAGCGAAAAAUUACUGUUUUAAACGUGUCCAAUUAACUAACUAAAUGCAUUGUAGGAUUUAUCGACAACAUUUGUGUCGUAUUCCUGUUACUUUGAGUGAGGUACACGUUUGAUUUGAAUGUUUAGUUUCUAGUUGGGUUUAGUGACAAAUAUUUUGACACAAUGUUGGUUUAUACUGUGGCUAUGUGAAGCCUGUAUGAUUUGAUGGCUCUAGUUUUUAUUUAAAAAUUAUGGAAUUUUAAUUAUUUCAAAGUUAAGAAAUGGGCAAACCAAUUUUCAUUUUACUUAUCAUUUGGGUUAAAACGUCUUAAAAAGGUACGUUACAAAUGGGUGGCGAUACGAGAAUGAUCGUGGGCGCGGUUUAGCCUUAGCAGGUCGAUUGACGAAGUAAAUUUUGAGUCAAAAAGAAAAAGGUGGUAAAUAUAUAAAUUUUGUUAUCUGAUGUGGUUAAAUGGUUACGUCCGACUUUGACGAUCUUGUUAUAUUAUAGUGGUCAAUGAAUUGGAAGUCCGAAUCGAAGCCGUGUCUUGUGAGUUUUAUUUAUUAUGAUAUAUUGAGAAAUUAAAAUCCUCUUAGCUCAUAUCAAUUUCUUGCGCUUAAAUAAUAAUUUCGACUAUUUAUGAGAGGAAGUGUUAAGUUAAAGUGAUGCGUGUUUUAUUUUUUCGACACGGGCGUCCAAUUGUAAAUUUAGAAAUGUAUAAAUAAGGUAAAAUUCUUAUAAUUAAACCCAAAGAAAAAAGGAAUUUUGAACAAACGUUAUAUGCUAAUGCUUCAAAACUACAAUUGAGUUGCUAUAUCAUGUGUACGCUCAUGUAACCAUUAAUAGUAAUAGUAAAAUGAUAUAAUCAGGAUAUUGAUGUUGUAGUGUACGAAGUAACCCCGAAAUCUUUCGGGUAUAGGUAUUAUAAUAUACUAGUCUUUAACAUAUUAUGCCCGGUGACUGUCUGCAGAUAUACUAUUAAGCUAAACCUCUAUUAAAUUCUGUUCUAUUCUCGACAGCAAGGAAGUUAGCUCAACCCUAUUUUUGACUGCACAUGGAGGAACAUGAAAUACGGUAUCAAAGUUAAAGAUUUUGCUUGUGAAUUCUGCUGUUUGUUAACAAUUUUGCAAAGUGACAUUUAAACCUCGAAUUUAGUUUAAUAUAGUUCCACAGUAAUCGCCGAAUACAUACAUACAAAACUCACACGUACUCCCUGAUAACGCAGUUAAGGCUUGUGGCCACCCGACCAGAUCUAUAACCAAUAUGAACACAAAUUGCAACCUUUUUUGAGGUCCUAAUGAGAAGUGAUGUCCUAAUAAGUGCUCAGUCCAUCGGCCAUAUAAUGGUCUAUCACGGUAGGAUGCAUAAUCCCUGUCCGUUUUUACGACAUGCCCGGGAAAACCAGCCAGAUGAACGUGUUUAAUAUUUUUAUUCACUCCCGUCCCAGCCUCUCGUGUUACUCGCUUUAUAUACAAAAAGUAAUAAUUCAUUUUAAUGCUUUGUGAAAUUUGGUACAAACAACAAAAUUUGAAGCUUAUUGCUGUAGAUUUAAAUUUAUAGGUACCUUUAUAAAUUAAGUUACCGUCCAUCUGCACUUGAAAAAAUUACGCACAGUGCAAGGGUUGAGAAGAUUUUAUCUUUCGAGAAUGUAGAUGUGACAAGUGAAGACCGUAUUUUGAAGUUGAAAAUCAAUGUUUAUGAAUUUGGCGAACCUGCCAGUAAAUCUCAUUGCCUAAAAGAACCUCUGAAUUGGAUAACACGAGAAAUGUUGAAUUAUUUAAGCCUUUCAGAAUUACAAACUUUGGAAUAAUCAUAAGAGUUUAUUUUUAUUUAGUUCUUCAAUGUAUUCAUUAGACAAGUUAUCUAUGCCAAAUGUUUAUACACCCUGUACAUUUUUGAAAAUUGUGAUUAAACAAUGUACACUAUAAUUCCAAUUUCUACUGAGAUCCCUUUCUGUGUGGCGAUGUUCGGGUACGAGGUACGUUCGAGCGAUAUGGCUUGCGACACACACACAUUAUAUACUUCUAACUGAUCUUCUGUUAGUGUUGAUCGCUUGUUAGACAAUAUUCAGGCACAAGUGUUUCGAUGUAGUAAGUAAAUGUGCGCUCCUGUCCCGCCGUAUGUUGCCAUGCCCAAUUCAUAAGUAUUAUAGCUUGAACCAGCCAUUAAUUACACUAAAAUAUAUUAUAAUAAACGAUGUGAUUGUACCACGUGA